AAGGGCAAAAGUGUGGUGCUGAUUCGCGAUGAGGCUGGCGUUGUGCUGCUUUCGCAUCCCAUUCGAUGGCAAUCGUCGGGGAAUGUCAUCGAAUUAUUCCAUGUGUCGAAUUUUCUCGCAAAUUCUGUCGGCGACAAGUACACUAUAACGCUACAGAGCAGGGAAAUAUUUGAUGGUGAAGAUGUAUAG